UCGGUAGUUAGUUUGGUUGAAAAUAUUCACCUGGCUCGGCUUAUUCAUGCCCGUCAUGAGUGUACCAGCCCAGCAGAAACCCAGCGCCAAAAGAACAGGCAAACGCAUCACAUUUUUCAACGAUCAAAGCGUAGCAAUGAAGGAGACUUCUCAGCACCCUGAAGGGUCCUAUUAUGUCCCAGGUGGCACUGCUUCAGAUCCCGGACAGAGCGAGGCUGCAAGUACCGUGACCUCCAAUCCAGAAGGUCCUCACAUGUACCUCAAUUCUGUUAUCUUCAGCCCAGAUAAGGGUGACCAGAGCAGGGGUCAUUAUCAGCAGACUGUUCCAAUGAAGUGGGCCCACCAGGAGCCCAGUCAGCAGCAGCCAUCACAGUCCCUGCAGCAGAGAGCUGCCUCUUGGACCACCAUGAGUAACUGGGGACAAAACUUUACAAAUUAUAUCGGAGGAGUUAACGUAACAGACUCAAGGACCCAGAAUGCAUUUGUGAAGUCGAUGCACGAGACUUCUGGCUUACAGCCACAUCAACAGCCCCCAAACAGAGCUGCAGACAAGCAGCCUCUAGGGGCCAACCCUGCAGUGGAAGUCUACAGGGAUGCGGUUAAGGCUCGGGGCAUGGAGUGGGAGCAGCAGCAGCAGCAGCAGCAGCAGCAGUCUCAGGCCUUUCAGGAAACAUUAAAACCUGGGGCACUGAACACUCAGCAGCACAGCACUUCCCACCCAGGAGGAAGCUCAGUUCUGCAGCCCUUCCAGUUGGCUUUUGGUCAGCCCAAGCAGCAUCUGCCAGCCUACUACCAGACCUUUCAAGGCAACAGGACAACCCUACCUAACCCACCAAACUACUCAACACAGGCAAAACCCCCACACCAGUUACAGCAGCUGCAGAAGCAAGAGCAAAUACAACGCCAGCAACAACAUCACAUAAUCCAGCAGCAAAUUCAGCAGCAGCACCAUCAACAAAUGCAGCAACAACAAAUCAUUCAGCAUCAACAGCACGUACAGCAACAGCUACAGCAGCAGCAACAAAUACAGCACGAGCAGCAGCAACAAAAGAUACAGCAACAACAACAACAGCAGCAGCAAAUACAACAACAGCAGGUGCAACAGCUCCAUAUUCAGCAGCAAAUGCAACAUCAGCAGUUGCAACAACAAAACGCUCAUGUGCUUGACUAUUACCCUGGUGCACAAAAUGCACACCCUCACCCACAUCCACAGCCUGUGGUGGUACACUCCCAGGAGUCCUCUGCUCCAGCUCCCCCAAAGAUCCAGGAACCAGUCAUCCAGGACAUCACCCCAGAACCCCAGCAGUCGUCAGAUCCCCUGCAGCCCCCUCUCCAGUCUGAGCCCCUGUCCCAGUCGCAGCCCCAGACGCAGCUCCAAUCGCAAACGCAGCUUCGCAGAUCACGACGGCUCUCCAAGGAAGGAGGGGCGCCAUCCGACAACCCUUUUCUCUCCGUCUCCUCGGAUCAGGCAGCCCCGGGGCUGCAGGGCUCCCAGAACGGGGCCCGUGACAUUCAGGCAGCCCCAACGGGCGUCAUCCAGAGCACGCGCAGGAAACGCAGGGUGUCCCAGGAGGUCAACCUGGAGACCCUUGCUCAAAAGGCCUCGGAAAUGGAGUCUCUGCCGUCACAUGUUGUCAAGGAGCCACACAGACCAUGGAGUCCCAGUGAAUCAGAGGCCAAGCGCCCUCGAGACGACAACCUUCUGCCGCUCGUCAUCCCCGUGUCUGUUCCGGUCCGGAGGCAGGAUCCCUCCUCCCCUGACAGAGACGAAGCAACCCUGGCCUCCAACUGGCCCCCCAGGCCUUCAAACCCCCAGGACCUCGGCCGUGCAGACCACACACCCUCGGUCAUUGUCACCCGGAGACGCUCACUCAGGAACUCCUUGUCAGAGAGCUCAGAGCAAAAUGGCGGCACAGAGGGGGAGAAAGACGAAGAUGGCAAAAAGUCCAAACGGCGUCCCCGGCCUGAGCCUCUCUUCAUCCCACCACCUAAACCCGGUUUAUUCAUCGCUCCGCCAGUGUACUCCACCAUCACACCUUACCAGAGCCACCUACGCUCCCCCGUUCGCCUGGCUGACAACCCCCUCACCAUGCCCCCCUACACGCCUCCACCCAUCCUCAGCCCUGUUCGUGAGGGCUCAGGCCUCUACUUCUCCACCUUCCUGUCUUCUGCAGCAGCCGCUGCCGCCAGCGGCCAGGGCCUGCCACCUCCCGCAACGCCCAAGUCGGCCACACGCAGCCUGUUGCGUUCCAACAGCUGCGACAUCACACCCCCAGUUCUGUCGGCUAUGAGCGAGGCCACUCCAGUCAGCAUCGAGCCGCGGAUAAAUAUUGGGUCGCGGUACCAGGCAGAGGUGCCAGAGUUGAGGCAGCGGUCAGCUGUCGAGCUGGAUCACCAUUGCGCGGAUCUGGUCUGGGCUCCAUUGAAUGAGUUGGAGGAAAAACCUGACUUCCACGAGAAAGUGGAAGACCUCAUGCACAUGGCCUGCUCCAGUGUUUUGUGUGGAGGAGGCACCAACCAGGAGUUAGCCCACCAUUGUCUGUACGAAUGCAAAGGGGACAUAAUGGCUGCUCUGUCGCUCCUGAUGCUGAGGAACCCAAUUUUCUCCAAGUCUCAUCAGCUGUCAAACUACCACUACUCAGGAUCAGACAGCUGGACGGCAGCUGAGAGACGCCAGUUCAACAAAGGCAUCACUGCAUACAAGAAGGACUUCUUCAUGGUGCAGAAACAGGUGACCACUAAGACGGUGGCGCAGUGUGUGGAGUUUUACUACACGUACAAGAAACAUGUCAAGAUGGGCCGCAACGGGACGCUGAUCUACGGAGAGGCCGAGCCUUUGGAGAGCAGGACCACUGAGGAGGAGAUGGACCACAAGGGCUCUCACAGACUGGAGCCGCAGCGGGAGGAGGACAGCAGGAAGUGGGAAGGAUCAGCUGACAGGAAACAGGAUGUCGGCCCCACCAGGGUCACACACGCGCUGCAGUCCACUGAGAACCCCGGGACCGUCCUGAUCAUGAAAGGCCAGGACGACACGGGGAGGGACCAGCCGCUGUCUCGGGUCAUCCACGCCCCUCAUCCACCUCCUCCCAGCUCCAAAGCACGCUACGAUGGCAACGCACGCCGGACGAGCCCUUCAACAGGCAACAAAGCCUCAGCCGGGCAGGAGGGAGAGUUCCCCUGCAAGAAAUGUGGCAGGGUUUUCUACAAGGUGAAGAGCCGCAGCGCCCACAUGAAGAGCCACGCCGAGCAGGAGAAGAAGGCGGCAGCGCUGCGUCAGAAAGAGGCCGAGGAACGCGCGGCGGCAAAAGCAGCAGCCGAGGCCGCCGCCAUCCUGGCUGCUCGGCAGCAGAACGGGACACGGCAGGCGAGCGGGGACAGCACCAACGACGACUCGUCAGACAGGGAGGACGAGGACGAUGAGGACUGGCAGUGAGAGAAAGGCCGCACCCUCUGAUCGUGGGGUGGUUUGUUCUCUGGGAUGGGAGGAGGAACUUUUUUUUUUUUUUUUUAAAAGAUGAAGAAUCCCUCCUGUGAACUCUCUGUACAUUUUGUGGAUCAAGAAGACUUCCGUUGCUUGGCACAUUCAGGGACAGAUUUACUCCUGUGUAUGUGUUUGAGUGUGAAUGUGUGGACUGAGUGAGAGCGCGUGUGUGUGUGCGUAAGUGUGUGUGUGUG